AAAGAAAUUCCCGCCAAUUCUUACUUUUCAGUUUAAGUCUGAAAACAGAACGAAGGAAGUGUUAUUUGAGAUCUAUUUUGUAUCUACAUACAGGAAUUUGUUUAAUAGUUAUUGCAUUCUAAUUAUUUUAACACAAGUACAAUGGAUUCUAGCAGCCCAGCACGCUCUGAUAGACAUACAGAGGCAAUGACAUCUCCUGCACCAGAUAUAGAUGAACCAUUUGAGGAUGAAGCUGAUUUACUUGGUAAUGAUAAUGAUGUUAAUCAGGGAGAAGGAGAAGAAGAAGGAGAAGAAUUAUUUGGGGACAACAUGGAAGCUGAUUAUCGACCUAUGCCAGCAUUAGAUAGAUACGAUCCAGAUGUAGUGGAUGAUGAGGAGUAUUCAGAAAUGUCUCAAGGAGAACGUGUAGCUGCUGAAACUGCUAUGCUUAAAAGAGACAGAGCAGCAGGGAUUAUUAGAGAUGAUAGAUAUUUACUUUAUGAUGAAAGUGACGAAGAAGAAACACAGGCCCGUAAGAGACGUAUGGCUGAGAAAGCAGCAGUGGGUGAAAUUGAAGACGUAGAGAUGAUUGAAUCUAUUGAAAAUUUAGAAGAUACAAAAGGCCAUUCAAUUAAAGAGUGGGUAUCUAUGUUAGGACCAAAAACUGAAAUUUCUAAUCGUUUUAAAAGUUUUCUUCGUACACAUACUAAUUCAAAAGGACAAUAUAUGUAUAAAGAGCGAAUUCGUCAUAUGUGUGAGAGUAAUCAAUCUAGCUUUAUUGUGGAAUUUCCUAUUCUUGCUAGUAAAGAGCAUGUUUUGGCUUAUUUUCUACCAGAAGCACCAUUUCAAAUGUUAGAAAUAUUUGAUGAAGUUGCAAAGGAACUAGUAUUAAAUAUAUUUCCCAGCUAUGAAAGAGUUACUGGUGAAAUUCAUGUCAGAAUAUCAGAGCUGCCAUUAAUAGAAGAAAUUCGCACGUUUAGGAAAUUACAUUUGAAUCAACUAGUACGUACUCUAGGAGUUGUUACUGCAACUACAGGAGUACUUCCACAAUUAUCUGUUGUAAAAUAUGAUUGUACAAAAUGUGGAUAUGUACUUGGUCCUUUUGUACAAAAUCAAAAUACUGAAGUUAAGCCAGGUUCAUGCCCUGAAUGUCAAAGCAUUGGACCUUUUAUGAUUAACAUGGAACAAACAAUAUACAGAAACUAUCAAAAAAUUACAAUUCAAGAAUCACCAGGUAAAAUUCCUGCAGGAAGAAUACCUAGAAGCAAAGAAUGUAUUCUUCUAUCAGAUCUCUGUGAUCGUUGUAAACCUGGAGAUGAAGUAGACGUUACCGCUAUUUAUACAAAUAAUUACGAUGGUUCUUUGAACACAGAGCAGGGUUUUCCUGUAUUUGCAACGGUUCUUCUUGCUAAUCAUUUAAUAGUGAAAGAUUCAAAGGAAAUUGUAGAAUCUUUAACUGAAGAAGAUAUUUCUUCUAUUAUUAAUUUAAGUAAAGAUCAUCAAAUUAUGGAUCGCAUUGUCGCAAGUAUUGCGCCUUCGAUUUAUAGUCAUGAAUACAUAAAAAGAGCUUUAGCUUUAGCAAUAUUUGGAGGAGAAUCAAAAAAUCCUGGUAACAAACAUAAAGUAAGAGGAGACAUUAAUGUGUUAUUAUGUGGAGAUCCAGGAACAGCUAAAUCUCAAUUCUUGAAAUAUGUCGAAAAAAUUGCACCAAGAUCAGUAUUUGCAACAGGUCAAGGAGCUUCAGCUGUGGGAUUGACUGCUUUUGUACGAAGGUCACCAACUACACGAGAGUGGACAUUAGAAGCUGGCGCCUUGGUUCUUGCUGACCAAGGAAUUUGUCUUAUUGAUGAAUUCGAUAAGAUGAAUGAUCAAGAUAGAACAUCUAUUCACGAAGCUAUGGAACAACAAAGUAUUUCUAUUUCAAAAGUUGGAAUAGUCACAUCGCUUAAUGCUAGGUGUUCAGUAAUAGCUGCAUCCAAUCCCAUUGGAGGCAGAUAUGAUGCUAGUAUGACGUUUUCAGAAAACGUAGAUUUAUCAGAACCAAUUCUGUCUCGUUUUGACAUUCUUUGUGUAGUAAAAGAUGAAAUAGAUCCUAUGCAAGACCGACAUUUAGCUAAAUUUGUUGUAAAUUCUCAUAUCAAGCAUCAUCCGUCAAAUACAGGAAAAGUAACAUCAGUACAGGAAAAUACAAAUGAUAUAUCUAUUCCACAAGACCUUUUAAAAAAAUAUAUAGUUUACGCGCGACAAAAUAUUCAUCCUAAGUUAACAAACAUUGAUCAAGAUAAAGUAGCAAAAUUAUACAGUCAAUUAAGACAAGAGAGUUUGGCCACUGGAAGUUUACCAAUUACUGUACGACAUAUAGAAAGCAUUAUACGUAUGGCUGAAGCAAGCGCUAAAAUACAUUUACGUGAUCACGUUCAAGAAAGUGAUAUUAAUCUUGCCAUCAGAAUGAUGCUUGAUAGUUUUGUUGAUACACAGAAAUAUUCAGUAAUGAAAAGUAUGCGCCAGACAUUCCAGAAAUAUUUAUCAUAUAAGAAAGAUCAUAGUGAACUUCUAUAUUAUAUACUUAGACAACUUACGUUAGAUACUUUAGCAUUUCAAAAAGCAAUACGUGGAAGUCGUAUUACAACAAUUGAAAUUUCAGAAAAAGAUUUAUUGGAUAGAGCUAAACAAAUCGAUAUAUACAAUCUCCAUUCAUUUUAUGAAAGUGACAUUUUCAAAUCAAAUAAUUUUCUUUAUGAUUCAAAAAGGAAAGUAAUAAUACAAACGCUUCCUGAAGGGAUUGAUGACUAAUCAAACACUAAAAUAAUAAGAAUACAAUCGUAAUUUUAUUUACAGCAUAUUAUCAUAUAAACGUAAAUUUUUUA